ACGUGAUUACUUCCUUUAUUACAACACGUGAAAAUGGCAACAUCUACAAAUCAAAACACUGAAAUGGAAUCGGUUUCACAAGAAAAAGACGAUGGAUUUAUACCAAGAAAGACAAAAUCAAGAAAAAGGAAAUUACAGAAAGAACAAUCAGACGAUCAACAGUCAAUGGAAACAUCAGAGUCUGCUCCUAAACGUCCAGUCUUUCCCCCUAUCAGUGGUGACAAAUUGACAGGUGGGAAAACAGAACUAAGAAAGAUUGCAGUUCCAGCAAACAGAUACACACCAUUGAAAGAUAACUGGAUGAAGAUAUUUACACCUAUAGUUGAACAUCUCCAUUUACAAGUCAGAUUCAAUCUUAAAUCAAGGAAUGUAGAAAUAAAGACGUGUAAAGAAACUAAAGAGAUAGGGGCAUUACAGAAAGCUGCAGAUUUUGUACGGGCAUUCACACUUGGUUUUGAUGUUGAUGACAGUUUAGCUCUUGUAAGAUUAGAUGAUUUAUACCUAGAAUCCUUCCAGGUACAAGAUGUCAAGCCAUUAAAAGGUGAUCACUUAGCCAGAGCAAUUGGUAGACUGGCAGGGAAAAAUGGAAAAACAAAAUUCACAAUAGAAAAUGUUACAAAAACAAGAAUAGUUCUAGCAGACAGUAAAAUUCACAUCUUAGGAUCUUUUCAAAAUAUAAAAGUAGCAAGAACAGCAAUAUGUAACUUAAUUUUGGGAAGUCCGCCAUCAAAAGUAUAUGGAAACUUACGAACUGUCGCAGCCAGAUCAUCAGAAAGAUUUUAAUUUAUUAUUAAAUGUGAUUGUUGCCAUUA